AAAUGACAGAAAUUGUUUAUGGACGCAACUUUUAAUCAUACAAAUGCUAAUCAAAUGUGAAUAAUAAACUUAUCAAGUGCUUGGCGAUAACGAACGGACCGUGUGAACUCUACAAAUUCAGUUCCAGUCUGUGGCUCGUUUUUGUGCUGAAACAUCUUCUAUGCGGGUGCGGCGCAUAACCCUAAGGAAAAGACGGGUGGACGCAUUGCAAAAUAACAAAAGUCGAUCAAAAAUAUUCACAUAGAAUUUAGAAAUUUUGCAAGGGAAAGGAAUAUGGCUUGCCUAAUAAAUCGGCUGGUGGUGCUGUUGGUGGUGCUGCUGCUGCCAAGUUUCUGCCUUGCCGAAGAGCCACGUGAUAGCGAUCCUGUGGUGAGCACCUCAUUAGGUCUCAUCCAAGGCAGUAUUAUGAGCAGCUUUAGUAACAAGACGAUCUUUGCGUUUCGUGGAAUACCCUACGCUCAGCCACCUGUGGGUGACCUACGUUUUCUGCCACCCAGACCCGCCCUGGCUUGGGGAACUGCAAUAUUGAAGGCCACAUCCGAUUCGCUGAUCUGUCCGCAGACGGGCCUUACAUUAUUUAUGAGCGAGGAUUGCCUCAAGCUGAAUGUCUUUACCAAAAAUCUAGCUGCCCAACAGCCAGUGAUUGUUUAUAUACACGGUGGUGCCAAUGUGAUGGGCAGUGGUCACAGCCAGUACGAAGCUGGUCCACAGUAUCUGCUGGAGCACGAUGUGGUCGUGGUGGCCUUCAAUUAUCGGCUGGGCGCCCUGGGCUUUCUCUCUGGCAGUAACAAUGCCUAUCUGGAUCAGGUAAUGGCGCUGGAGUGGGUACAGUCGCAUAUAUCCCAAUUUGGCGGCAAUCCCAAUAAGGUUACCCUUUUGGGCUUGAGUGCAGGCGCCAUGGCUGUGAGUCUGCACUUGGCCUCGCCUAUGUCCGCCGGACUAUUCCAUGGAGCCAUACUCAUGAGCGGCUCGGCAACGAAUCACUUUAGCAUACACAAUCAGUUCUGGACUCGUCUCUUGGCCCGACAGGUGGCCUGCCCCAUGUACGAUUCCUUCGACCUGACCGAGUGCCUGCGCAACGUCACCUGGCAGCGCAUUGUGGAAGUCUGCAGUGAUUGGGAGCAGUACAAAUUCGUGAACAUGAAGUGGAACUACGAAAUCGAUGGCAACUUUAUGCCCCAGCACCCCAGCGCUUUGAUAGGCAGAGGCAUGUUCAACCGGGUGCCCCUGCUGGUCAGUUUCACCAGCAACGAGAUGGACUAUACCACAUUGGGGAAACUGGAUAAUGAUCUUCUGUUGCACGAUAUAAUUACGCACUUCAAUGAAUAUGCGCCGGAACUAUUUCUAUAUGAAUACGAUGCGCUAAAGAGCAGGCGCAUCAAGAACUUCUAUCUGGGCAAUGAUACCAACGAGUUGAACGCCUCGAAUAUUGAGCAAUUCGGGGAAAUCUUCUCCGACGGCAUCAUAGGUCAUGGCGCUUACCGGCUGGUGGAGAUGGCACGCGAGUACACCGAAGUCUACUACACACGCAUGGACUACAUAGGCAAAAGGAGUCUUUCGGCUCCCCUGACCCCAGAGGAACUGCCCAAAGGUGUGGGUCAUGCGGAUGACUGGCAGUACGUGAUGCCUGGCCUGUGGUAUGGUUCGCUAAUGAGCGAGGACCACGAGGAUAUCUUCAUGAUGGAGCGCCUAACCGAUUGGAUUAGCAACUUUGCCACGACGGGGCAGCCCAUGGUCAACUCCAGCCAACUCUGGCCCCCCUGCAAUGCUAAUCAAAUGCAGCUGCUCUACAACAACAAUGACACCAAAUUGGGUCCACCCGCCUUCGUGGAGCGCUAUGCCGUCUGGGAUCAGCUUUUUCCCGACACAUUUUCCAAUGGCGCUGCCCAAUGCCAGCUCCAACCCAUUUCUGUCGUCGUCGUCGGUGUGGUCCUCUCCGGACUGCUCUGUAAAUUAAUGUAGCCAUUAGGUGUGGAAAAAGCUUAUCAAUAGGCCGUUUAGAUUACGCUAAUGACGUCGCUUACUCGCUUCAGCUAUUUACUUUGAUUAAUUAAUCAGCUAAGGCGUGAGAUUUUCAGUGCUUGUAAAGAAUUGUGUGUUUGUGUGUGUGUGUCUGAUUGUGGAGCUUGUUUUGGCCAGCGCCUUUGGGCAAUUAGUCUCCAAAGCAGCUUAAAUAUACAUUAAUUUGUCUUUAAA